AUGUCCACGCCAGAAGGCUCCGAUCCGAUCUCCUGCGCGCAAGAGUGCUGGACCGAAAAGUUCAAUGCAAUGCCGUUUACGACUUUCCACAUGCUCGAUUACCUUUUAAGGAAGGCCGAGAUUACCUAUGAACAAUACGUGGAAAAGCCCGAACUCCUACAGCAACACAAAGCUCCCAUCACAGAUGACGAUGCUCAGGAGCUCAAAGAGCUGGCGUCUCAACCUGGUCGAUGUACUAACUUUGCGUGCCAAGUGGUCAAUGCCCUCAACGAAAUGCAUGAGGGCGUGUACGAUUUUCGCUUCUUCGACAUUGACGAGCACCGUGUCGCAGUUUGCAAAAAGACCGGUGUCUUGAUCGAUUCAAGUCUGCCAGGCGUUCAUAAAAGGGAGUCAUCGGAUGAUUGGGCAAGGAAUAAGACUCGACGGGUGAAAUGCCGUUCAGAGGGUGCUGCUUCAGCACUCCAAAGCUUUGCCGGAGUCGUUAAGGACUAUCAGUGGAAGACUAAACGUCCUUUCAAGGAAAUAUGUCCGACUCAAGGUAUACGGACAUGCUUACAAGAACUUGUGGCCAAGAAAACAGAUCCUUUUUGUUUAUUUCGGCAAUCUUCUGACGACGGAGUGGAACUCUUGGGAGUAAUUGAAUGGGACCUUGAGAGAAGAACGUUGUCUUUGGCAACAGACUUGGAGUCGUGCAUCAACCAGACAUAUUUGGUGGAAUUCUUUUUCACCAAAGCCGGCCCUGCCGAUCUCGAGCGCUUCUGCGAAGAGUAUGUAGCGAAGUUUCUCGGUAGCGUGAAUGUCACCGGGAGCUUUGGAGAACUCCAGUGGUCUCGAUGCCAAACUCUUCAUCGAAAAGUUUGGCAUGCUGCAAAGGCUGUCUGGGGCAGCCCUAUUCCUAUUUUCCCAGAGGAGCAGUUGACAGAUAUAGAUGAAAAGUUCCUAGAAGUACACGGGGUUAUUGAGGAACACAAGGUUGCGGCUGCGGACUACGCUGAGAAGGUGGAUGAGGUGUUGGCCGAGGCAAAGGAGCUGUUGAAGAAUGUCAAGGAGAUACGCAGAAGAGAAGAGCACUUGGACACCUCGGUGCAGGCUUUGAAGAGAGCUGCAGAGGAGGGAGAAAAAGACCAAGAGAUGCGUAAUCGCGAGCAGGCGGUCAUGGCGGUAGAGCAGGAGCUCCAAGAAGUAGCGGCAAUAAAGAAAGAGCUGCUGCUGAGGUCAUCCAAGCUCGGUGCGAUGGGGGAGAACAAAGAGCAGCCACCGAAGGAUCCUAGGGAUGUCGAGAAGAUCUUUUCGCCGAUAGAAGAACAUUUGGUUCAUGCUCAGAUGUUGCUGAAGAAGCGGCUAGCCGUCAGCGCAGAGCUUGCCGAUGAAGCCAGAAAAGGUGGUGUUUAG